UUUGAAAUUGGGGAAAUUCUGGAAAAAGAGCAAUUGUUGACUGAUUACUGAUUAGGGUUUGGUUGCAGAAGAAUUGAAUUGAAGGAGGAGUAAUGGAGAAGAUUGAAGAGAAUGAAGUAUUGUUGGACCCGGAGACGGAGUUUCUUCUGUCGAAGCGAGAGACUGGGAACGAGUGGGAGCUUUAUAAGGAGAACGUCAGGCCUUUGAAAAGAGGCCGCAAAGUUUCCAUCUUGAAUGACGCUCUCAAUUUUCACAACCAUCAUCUUCUCAAGAAGUCCCUUUUCGAACACCGAAGGAAGUUGAUUGAAGCCAUAGAUGAGUAUGACGGAGAUGAUCCGCUUCAGCCAUGGCUCCAGUGCAUUAAGUGGGUUCAAGAAGCAUUUCCAUCUGGUGGAGAUUCUUCAGGACUGGUUGUGAUUUAUGAACAAUGUGUGCGAACUUUUUGGCAUUCAGACCGCUACAAGGAUGAUCUCCGCUACCUCAAAGUGUGGUUGGAAUAUGCUGAAAACUGUGUUGAUGCUGAAAUCAUAUACACUUUUCUCGAAGCAAACGAAAUUGGAAAGACUCAUUCCAUGUACUACAUAUCAUAUUCCUUGCACCUGGAAUCAAAGAACAAAGUUAAAGCUGCAAACGAAACAUUUAAUCUUGGGAUAUCUAGGAACGCUCAACCGGUUGAUUCAUUGACGGAUGCUUAUAGGAAAUUUCUUGGACGUUUAAUGAGAAGACCAAAAGCUAAUCAUGAUGACUCAAUGGAGAAACGCUUACCACUCCGAAGCUUUGGAACUGUCCUACCCAGAGGAGAAAACCGAAUGCGGGACACCAUGAACAACUCUGAGCUCUCAAGUAGAAACUCAAAGCAAGACAGUAGGGGUCAUGCUGCUUCGUUCAACAUAUAUAAAGACGCAGGUGUUCUUGAUACCACCUCGCAUCACCAGCCGGAUAUGUUAAAAAUGGACGUGCAUUCUUGGCACGCUCUUGGAUCUCGAGCGGAGAGAAACAAAGAAAACAAUGCUAUGCCUACCAAGUGGAAAGCAUACAAGGUUCCACAAAGACCAAGAUCGACAACCGGAGGAUCUAGUGCCUGUAUCGAGGUUUUUGUUGAUGAAGAAUGUGAAGAGAUACAUAAAGCGCGUGUUGAGAGUGGCAAGUCUUUGAAUUUGCAGCUUAGACAGAGCGAUGACCGAGACCUUAAAAAGGAAACGGAGUUGUUGAGAGAGAAUCCAUUACGCAACUUCCCUCCAAACAGCCUUCCGAGAUGAUCAAGUUAUUGAGUUAAAUGCUUCUCACUGUGUGUUCUCUAUGUUUUUUAUUACU